GUAAUUAUUGUUCAUGUUUUUUUUAAAAUAAUGGUUGAUCCCAGUUAAAGUAUAGGCUUUCAUGCUAAUAAACAUGCACUUGUUUUUCGGACUCAAAUGUUUAUUUUACACGAGGUUUCUUCUAAGUUCGUUUGAGCGCUGCUGGAUAGCGUUUCAGCUUUAGUAAAGAACUAGUCAGGAACUAAAUUCCAAAAUCGACAUUUAUCUGAUAGUGAUUACCGACCCAGCCGGUGUUUACAGUCCCGAAUUUGUUAGGGAAGCAUCAGUUCUUAGAUAUCGUUUUUAGCCCCCAGAUACCCUGGUACGGCCGAGGGUGGGGAGUCCGCUCUCCCUCUCGACAUGCUCUUAUUUGGCCACACACUCGUCCACUGCCUUCUCUCGGCGGGGUUGUUGUUUACAAACUCGAGAGGACGAAGAGCGAAUGUUCGGCGCUUUAACCGGGUUGGUGGAUAUGGUGACCACCUAGGAGAGUUGGAAAAUCUAAACUCCAAACCAAUGAUACACAUGGGCUCAAGGAUCCUGACGGAACAGAUGGUGUAUGAACCUAUUGUUGGUCACUAGCUUCAGUGUGACUGCAUCUUCUGAAGUUGCUCCAUUGCGUUGUGGAUUAGACCUUUAGGUCAAAGGCUUGGGGUGUGACCCCCUAAGAGAACCACCUGCUUCGGUCUGGGCACCUGGGAGGUAUCACAGCCCUCAUACAAAUCAAUAAUUACUACUGGCCUCAUUCUUUUUGUGUGGUAAAUAUGUAUUAAGUGCCUCCUUGUACUAAUGUUUAUGUGUUCAAAUAAAUAAAAUGGAUGUCGUUUAGUGUCGACAUACCACACGAUGUAUAGAUUUUACUGGUAAUUUUGUUAUCAAUUCUCAUUUAUUUUGUAUUUCUUUCUCUACUGAAGAAGAAUAAGGUUACAGCUGUUUGGUUGGAUAGUGGCUAGCAGUGAAAUCCAGGACACGCGCUUCGUCCUAUUUGAGACUCGUCGUUUAGAUGUACCUGAAUCUCAGUUUAUUUUGACUCCGGGACUUUAAUCCAGUACAUAUGCCGAUAAAGAGCUAAUCAACCGCAGCCCUAAAAGUCAAUUGGAAGAUUCAAACAGCCGACACAAAAAGGGAUUGAACUUCACCCCAUUGCACAAGCCAGUGGCUAUCUGAACCCAGUAGCUAAGUAGAUAACGCGAUGGGGUUUGAAGCGGACGGUACUGGGUUCAAGUCUCGGAGUGGACAUCCAGCUGAAGAGUCUCAAAGAGGACGAAACGCGGAAAUCUUGGAUUAUAUUGCUUAUCACUAUCCAUCUUUGCCUAUAGUGCUGGAUUAAUUGUUCAAUCCUUUAAAUGUUACUUAUUUCAAGUAUUGUCAUUGAAUUAACAAUUUAGUGGUUUCGAUUUUGCGUUCCCAUUCCAAACAUGUGUAAAGUAAUAGAGAAAUAAAGCGAGUACAAUGUUUCCCCGCAUUUGAAUGUCUUUUAAGAUAGGAUGAGCUAUGGGAGUUACACUUCGCGACCUAUUUUCAAAGUCAUCCAUAUUCAUGUCAAAAACCAAAUACAGUAGAUGUAAAAUGUGAUCGAUAGACGAACUCACCAAUAAUAAAGAGAAACGCCCACCACCACAUUAACUCCCUUUGACCUUGUACUACUGUAUCUCUUUAUUAACCAAUCACAGUUUGAUGUUCAUUGCAAAACAAUAUUUGCUUGUUGACUCAUUUUUCCUAUUCUCUGGCUACUGUUCGGUAUGUUAUUUGUCUGUUUUUUCCCUGCAUUAAUAGACCGUACAGUUUGUUUGUACACUAACGAUGUUAAUUUGUGUUUUAGAAACAGAUAAAGUUUAUCUAGCCAAAUAGCUUGCUUGUUCUGACUUUAGCCAAAACAAGACUCUGUAUUCGACGGUCUAGAGAAUAGCUCAGAAUUAAACCUAUAUCUCAUUGAAAAAGCCAAAGCCGAAAGAGAUUGGGAAGAAGCUGUGCCUUAUGAAAAAAAGAAAAGGGGAAAAGCCUAUACACCAAAACAAACUAUUUCACCGAGCACGCAAAACGAAUUAAUUGAAAUGGGUUUCGAUGUAGAGUUUGAUGAUGAUGUAAAUAAGGCUCUUGAAAAUGCUACUGAAGAUGAACUUGUUGAUUUGGCUGCUGUCCUGGGUUUUACUGGGAUGUUGAAUCAAGUACAGUUCCACGCUAGUUUAGAAGGACGUAAAUUGGAAAUGGGUGGAUUCUCUGGUGUGGCUAAAGCUGAACGUCCUAAAGUCGUGCCAGAUGAGCCACCUAAUAUGACAGAUGUAGAGGUUUGUCUCGUUUUUUCCUCUACUUGGUUAAUCCUUUUUCUUUGUAGCUUAACAUCAUUUGAAAAUUGAGGGACACUAAACACUUUUUCCUUCACUAAAGACUACUUACCAUCGUUCUCUGUUCUGACCACGUUUUGUAAUUUAGCCUUUCCUAGUGAACCCUUCAGUUUUGUAUGAUGUUGGUUCAGUCACAAAUGAUUGACAUUUUCUACCUUCAGGUUGCUACUUAUAAGUGUAUGCUCAGGAUGUCUAGUAAUAUCAAAGGCGGUGGGUUAGUGUCGAGUUACACAUCCAAGCCUUUUUUUACAAUAAAUUUGUUGAUUAACAAGGGAAGUGAAUAGACCGUUUUUCAGUUCAACUCAAUUUUUUGAUUUAUUACCUAACCGACUGGCCUUUAAAAACUGUCUGACACUGCCAUUUCAAUUCCGGUAUUAUGCACAGUAUCCAUACUAAUUAAAUAAAUGUAUUCAACAAAGGAUACUAUGUUGUCGCCAUAAAGCCGUCGACUGUUGAACCAAGCCCUAUUGGUAGGUCCAGACUGGGUGCUUCGGGUUCGCACGAUCACCAUGAUCAGUGGUUAGAGACGUUGAUUAAUAGCUUAGAAUCUAUCCAUAUGGCCCAGAUAGUCAUUCUUUGUGUACUCCCGAAUCCUGAAUUUUAAAAUCGUUUUGUACUUAUUCAGCGACUUCGUUUUUUCUCCUCAUAUCUGUUAUGUUUUUCGAUCCUUCGAUCCUGUUACCGGCAUAAAAGCUUCCCAUAAGCGAGCCCAAACCAGCUAUUUGAGUGAGAAAGAAGCCUUCUUAACUAAAACUGAGUCUAAAAUAUAUGCACACACUCAUAAAUAUGCAUUUUCCUCGCUUAGAAAAUAAAGCCACAUUCUCAACCAAUAGCGUAUGCCUUUUUCCUUAAGAAAUUAAGCAAAAUGUUGGCUAGUAGAGUUGGUUUAACUAUAGACCUGUCUAGCUGACCCAGCGUAUCAAAAUCAUGUUCUCCAUGCUGUCAUUGCUGUUACUACUACUUUGCUAUCCAUCUUGGUAGUCUUAUCAUCAAUUAGUGCGGCGACUGAAGGCGCUUCACGUGUGGGAGGUUCUAUGUUACUUAUAGCUAACACUGCUGUCUCAAAAAGAUAAUGAUUAGUCGACAUUAGACCCUCUGUUUAGUGGUCAGUAACCAGGACUUCAUUUACUUUUAUAACUUGCUCGUGUAUCUACAUUUUCAAUACUUUAGAAUUUAAACUAGUAGAUACCAAAACAUUUUCUAUGGUGUUUUUCAAUCAAAUAGGUCCGAUCUUGUAACCUACGGUGUAUAAUUGUUUAUUUCUAUUCUAUGGUUCAAUUUUACUCUCACCUAAAAAUAAACUAUUGUUUCAAAAAGACUGCUUUAUUCCUCCAAAAUUUCACAUGUCUUCAUACUUGGAUUCAUCAUUUAUUACUUGCUCACUUUAAACUGCUUGUAUUUUUCUUUCUAUCUUUUAUACGUUUCAGGAUAGUAUAAAGAAAUUGGAAAAUAACAGCGAAGAACUAACUAAAUUAAAUUUAAACAAUAUCAAAACAAUAAGUGCUGAAGCAGUACAGCGCUUAUGUGCCGCUCUUACAAAGAAUAACCAGUUAACUGAACUGCAUAUGGCAGCAACACGUUUAACAAACGCAAUGGUUGAACCGUUCUUUGAUAUGUUGCAAAAAAAUACUGUAUUAAAAGUAUUAAAUUUGGAGUCGAACUUUUUGACUGGUUAGUCGGAAACAUUAUUUACUGUGAACAAAUAUUAAAAUUACAAGCGGAAUUUGACAUGCCUCAAUUCAUAAGAAUAAAUUCAGUCAUUAGUAGACGUAAACAUAUUGCCAUAACGUAUCAAGAACUAUAGGAGUGUAAUAUGUGCUAAAAUACCGCAAUGAAAUAGCAGAUUCGAAGCAUCUUACAUUCGAUGAGGUUGGUAUACAUACAUAUUUUUGUAUUGUGUUCUAUGAGCUGAAUAGUUCAGUUACGAAGCUUCCGUUGAUGUUGUGCUAUUCAUCGUUUAACGAUCCAGCUUUUCCUAGGUCUGAGUGAGUCAUUACUCUGUUCCGUGUUACUGGAAUAAUGAUAAGGAUUUUUCGAGGUUAUAUAUAUCCAUUCGUUACUUUUUACAGUGUGUUAUUAAAAUUUUUUUCCGUAAAAGUGAGGUAUUAUGCAUAUAUGUAUUUAUGUACCUGGUCCUACGUUGCAGCUGACUGAGGUAUUAUGUCAACUUUAAUUGAACCUUAUUUUGAUUCUAUAAAGUCUACUUUCUUAUAUAUUUGUAAACAUUUACAUGUGACUUCCCUGUACAUAUACCUAUGUAAUACAUAUAAACGUACACAUACAAGCACAUGCUUGUUGUCUUAUCAUACAGUUCUUGUUUAUGCAAGUGUCAAUCGAUAUCAAAAAUGUGUAACUUCCACUAGAUUUUUGAUUCCAGAUGUGUUUAUGCGUAUAUUGUACAGUAUCCUAUUAGGAACGAUAAGCUUUUUCUUAUUGUUUUUCUCUGAGUGAUAGUUUUCUCUCGGCCACAGGUUUACGUUUGGUGUCACAAAUGUUGCUUCCAUUAGGACAGGAUUCUAGACUUCAAAAUACAGUUAUUAGUGAACAUAAACCAAUUAGUUUUAUGGCUCAAUUAUCCAGAAUUGGUUUGUUCUUUUCAAACUUCACUCGAUUUGCGAGUGUUUUCAGUGUCAUAAUGUAUAUCCUGCCACUAAUGUGCAUUGACUCUAAUUACCGUGCCACAAUGCGAAAGACUGGAUGUUGAGAAUAUGGUUUGAAAAUGCAGAAUAAUAAAGUAUAUGUAGUAGAGUUCUUUAACUUACGAUCUAGAGUAAGAUAAAGAGUGAAUGCAUGUUUAUUUAUUUAUUUGAACACAUAAAUAUUGGUAAAAGGAGGUACCAAACAGAUAUGCACCACAUAAAUCAUUCGGUUUGUGUGAGGGUUGGGAUACUGCCUGGGUGCCCAAACCGAAGCAGGAAAAGUUUGUGCUCGUCUGUGAUGCAUGUGCGCCAUUGUAAACCAUCAUAAGCCAUGUCUCCAAACCCUGAUCGCAGUUGUGCAGAACCCAAGCAGUUAGUCCGUACCUACUAACGUAGCCAAGUCCUACAGUUGAUGACGUGAUGCACUGGUGCUACUUUUUUUAUCUGACCAGACUUGUAUCUAUACCAGUGAGAACAUGUCGUGAAGAUAGGUGGUGGUUGGACAUACUUGACAUAUGUCCUAACCACCUCAUUCCAUGAAGAUUCACAAUUUUAUCGACCAAUUUGUCAUCUUUACCUAGAAUCCUAUGCCUAACCCCAACAAAAAUGUCCUAACAAUCUGGUUGUCUUAAGCCAAUCAACAACAUGUUUCUCGGUAAGGUGACUUUUCGCUCAUUGUUGUCAUAUCUUUUGUGUGGUGCGUUUUACUGAUGACAAAAGCAAGAGCAGAUAGUAUAUAUGCGUAUUCAAGUUUAUUUUAUCCGACAUAUUCCCGCGACCAAGGUAGAAAGAACUGGACUCGAGGAAUUUGUUUGGCUAUAGAUUACCUAAUGUUCACAUAGUCAGUGGGUAGUCCAAUAUGAAUGAAAUGUAGUCAGUGAACAAAACGAACGAUGAUAAUGUACUUAGGUAGUUUCCUUUUAAAAACAACUACUGUUUUACUUUUAAUUCACCAAACUACUUAUCUAUCAUGCUUUUUUUAUAUUUCAGGUGUUAUUCUCGUUCGUUUAUUGGAGUCAAUUAGCCAUGAAAAAAGUGGAAUAACCGAUUUGCAUUUAGCUAAUCAACGUCAAUCUGUGCUCGGUGUAAAAAUUGAGCAAAAUUUGACCGAAUUAAUACUAGCCAAUCCACGUUUAGUUCGUCUGGGCUUAGAUUUAGAGACUAGUGAUGCACGUGUACGUACCAGGGAACAUGUCAAAUUUAAUUUAGAUCGUGUAUCUCGGCAACUACGGCGUAAUAAAAAUUAAAUUUUUACGUGAAUAUGUAAGUACGUUUGAACAUGGUACUGAUUUUCACUUUAAUUUGCCUUUAAUUUACCUACUUAUUUUUCCCAUCUAUUUUGCUUCUGUAAGCUACAGAAUUAGCCUAGUAUUAUUAAGUUGGUUUACAUGUGCACAUUUAUUUAUGUAUAUCCUGUUAUUAUUUUCAGUUUGGUCUGUUUAUGUUAGUCGAUUUCACUGUUGUAAUGUAUCUGUUAACAUAAUUUCAACAUGUAUAUCUGGCUUUGUUUGGUCAUCGUUACUAAUAUAUACUCAUGAUGAACACAUCACCACAUUAUGAGUCCAAAAUAAUAAAAAUCAUCUCAAUUCUUAUAAUUGUUUCCUGCAUAUUCAUAAUCGAAAAAUAGCCAUUUCAAGGUAGUCAAGAGUUACACUUCCAUUUGAUUUUGCUUCUAAUGUGUUUGUAUCGUGAGUUGAGAUUUCGAAUGAUACGAUUGUCGUUGCUUAACAUCUUCCUAUAUUUUAUUUGCUGUCUUCCAUUUGGUUACAUGCAUUCUGUAUUUAAAUACAAGUAAAUUAGUCAAAUUCAAUAUGCAAUUAAUCAAUUUUGUUUGUAUUCACUUUUAUUUGUAAUCGUAUUGGAUAGUUGGAUAUCCGGUGACAACUGCUAAAAAGCACAAAAUAACUGUUGGCUAUUUCUCCAACUUCUCGGGGCUGUAUACCUUUAUAUCUAAGUUGUUUUAGUGUCAUGUUGCGACUGACAAAGCCGUUCUGUUUUAUGUUUCAACGUUAGAUGGACUCUGGGUUAUAUGAGAUCGAAUCCGACAGGGAGCAUCAGUUCCCUCAAAAUUACAGGUACAUCUUGCUGAUGGGUACCAAAUAGCAUUAAACCUUGGUUCGGGGUAUAUUUGCUAGAUAAGGUAGUGUAGAGCCUUUAUAUAUUUGCUUUCGUGCAUGGAUUAUAAUGUAUUGACAUCAUGUUGUACCAGUAUACAAUGAGAAAGAUAUGGAUGGUUAGUAUCUGGUAAGAUAACACCUGCCAGGAGUUUGCAAGAUUUUAGUUGUCUAUCCGCAACCAUAUUAUUAAUGACCUGAGAAGGUCCACCACACCCUCCUAAAUGCCUUCAGCACUCUACACAAUACAGCAAUGUCUUCUUAUAAGCUCGGGGAAAAUAAUGGAUAACAAUAAAGAAUUAACAAGUCGCGAAAGUAAGUGCUGAAUAAAGCCAAUAGCAUGUAACUUUUAUGUGUAAUAAGUCGGACAGGAAACUUUCUUCGAUACGAAAACAUGGGAACACCAAGAAAGAUCAGAGGGAAAGCUUAAACUAGAAUAAAUUACCUUUGAAAUUAUUAAAAGAUCUCCAGUUGUACGAGUUUUGUGGGAUUCUAACAGGGUGUUUGAAUGCUGUUCAUGACUCAAGAUAAAGUUAAUAGUUUAGAAAGAUUAAGUGUGAAACCAUUAGGAACAGACCAUCGUUCACUAACAGACAAUAUCUCAUUCAUUUCAAGAUGAUACAUACAUACUUUGAUAUCGACUGCAUAUUUAGAAAAAGUGUUUUUUAAGGAAGAUGGUAGAUCAUGGCGAAAAUAAAGAGGAAAGAACAGCUCCUUAUGGCACAGCAUGAGUCAGUAGAGACAUUGAACACUUCCCUCUAAACGCUACUAUUUUUUCCCAAAGAAGUUGGAACAGCUAGUUGGUUAUCCAACUGUCGGUGUCGACGCUGAUAAACCUGUAAAUUGUUGUGUUGUAAGGGAGUCCAAGGCAGACAUAUAGUCUAGAAAUGCGCAUCGAAUAUACCCUUUUCCAAGUUGAACACUAUUAUGAUACAGAACACUAACAUUGUUCACCUGCGCCUCGACAGUACCUUCUGCAAGUGCCACCAACUAGUACGCGGGAAAUAAAAACCAGAUGCACCCUACUUGAUCCAAUAUCCUAAAUUUCAGUUGUUUGACACCAUUGCCAAGUUGGCGGGUUUACUUUGGAGAUGUUAACUAGCUAAAUCGACGCAGUUGGAUACGUUGCCCCCAACGUCCGAAUCUAGUGUAGGAAGUGUGUUAGCGGCCGAGUAAGUCAUGUGUCGAUUGUGUUAAGUUUUUAAGGUUUGAUAGACUGUAUAUUGUACCGCAUAACAUCGUCGGCUGUUGCAGAUUUGAGUGCCAACACGAGGCAGCUACUACCGAAGUCUAAUGGGCGUAAACAUCUGUAGCGAUUCGAUUGUGGACUAUCAAGUCAGCACUUUUUUUGUCAUCUGGAGAGGUAAUGGGAACGUUAGACGCUUGUUUCAGACAGAAGAUAAGAGACAAAUUCGUAAGUCAACAAAAUAAUGGGAUGAUUUGUUCGUAUUUCAGAUGGCCAUGUUGACGCGGUUAAUGGAUGAUAACCAUAAAACAUCUAUGCGUUGUAUUUUGUCAUACGUCAUGACACCUAAAGUUGCCAGCCAUUUAAUAUUACUUGGCACUUCGUCGAAAACUGCAGAUUAUACGGCGCAUUAACUAUUCGGUUCCUGUCCUCAUCCGUCAACGAAAAAGACCUUGGGAAACUGUGUGACCGCGUCGCAAAUGUACUUUCACAAUAUGAGAGACAAAAUACAAAAGUGUUAUCGAAUAAAACAAGAGCAUGUGUGUAUUAAUUUGAAGUGACAAUUACUCUCUACCGUUCUAUAGGUACAAUGUUCAGUGUUAACAAAGAUGACCGUAAGUAAAACUUCACUUAGAUAGUUGAUUAAAAUAGCAAUAGCUGUUAGAUAUCGUUUUAAUUUUAGUGUUCAUUAAAUUUGAAAAUUCACAAGAAAAUUACUCUGCUUCUCAAUAGACCAACAGGCGUUACAAAAAGGCAUUACUAGUUGGAUAUUUUUAAUGUUCAACUUCGUUAUCAGUAAACGUUUUUUAAACAUGCACGAAACCCUUUGAGCUAAACACUCACUAGUGAGUGUUGAGAAAGCCGGUUUGAUUUUAAAUGCACUUGUAAUUAAGUACUCGUGCCUAAUUAAUAACACAUAACCUGGGAUAUGUCACUUACUCGGUCGCCUACGCACUGCCCACACGCCCAGACUCGGAAAUUGAGGCAGACGCAUCCAACUGUGUCGAAGUAUUCUAUUAACAUUUUUUGAGAAAACACCUACUUAACAAGUGGUGGGACAAAAGUGAUCAAAAACCGGAAUUUAGGGUAUGGAACGUGGCUAGUUUCAGCCUACGUCAACGAAAUUGUACAGAAACCCUUCUUUUUUGCAUCUCUACGAAAUAUUAUUAAGAUUACUGUACUAACCUCUUCGGUCCCCCUUCGUUUACUGACAAAGUGUUUUCGUCCGUAAAGCUGCUGGCACGCUAAGCAGCCAAGUUGUUGAACGAAACCGCCAAAUCAUUUUAAUUAAGAAAGGUUAGUUCAGCGAAGAGUCCAUAGCAUCGUUCAUAUUCCUUAGUAAAAUUGGGCAAAUCCUUUUUGACCGAAUCUGUUGCUCCGCUUCAUGGUCUGGAAUGUGCCGAAAAGCACGUCGCUAAUGCUAAACUCUUGAAAUUUGAGCACGGCGGUUGAAGUAAACAAUUUUUAAUAAUUACGGGGUCUAAAUACAGAAGGGACAAUCGGCAGUCUGUCCUUUUCCAUACUGAGACGAAGUCUAAUGUCCGACAUUUACACUUAAAGUCUGAAGGAGUAAUUGCGACACAACUUGACGUUUUCUUAUUUAUAUCCAUAGUCACAAAUUUGUUCAUGUUUCUAAAUAUUUUAAGAGAAAAAUCUACCCAUAGAUUGGUUAGUUUCUUUGUCGCACCUAAUUACACCAUGUUAAUUGGACCAUCCGUUAGCAACGUAUAUCCACCGUUUGGAGCGUCAUUCUUCCAUCAAAUCGUCGACCCACUACAACACAGCUAACUCACCCUACUUUUCAAUUGAAUUAACUGUGGAUUUAACAUCCUAACAAGCAGGUGGGUCACAGAUUACAGCAACCAGUUUAAUAACUAUGUGUCUAUUGAACUUAACACUGUGCAGCCGCACGUCAGUCAUUUCGUUGAAUUCUGCUGGCCUAGUAUUCCCUCCGUAGAUACCUACCAUGAACACGUCACUAAAUCCAGGGGUAAAGAUGCGUCAUAGGCCAGAGUUGUGGAAUAGAGUUCUUUUAAAUCGAAGGUCCGUCCACAUUAUGCAAAUUCAAUGAACCAAAAUGACAAGUACUCAACGGGAGUUCAACUAAUCUUUGCAGAUUUAUUUCCAAUCCGAAAUCGUAGUAAACACUACUGCUGAUAUACUUAGUUGGAACACUUGUGCACGUUCGUAGGACACUGCUAAUACUGCUUGGUAAAUCCGGAACAAGACCUCGAAAAUCAUUCAGAAUGCGAUCAUCAUAUUCAUCAAUGAUAUAUUUAUCUGUUUUUUCUAGUUUGUGGACUUUUUGUGAACACGAACGAAUAUCAUUAUAUCAUACAAGAAUUGGACUAACGAUUUCACUGGUGGGAUAACAAAUAUCAAAACAGAAUUAAAGAUAACAAGUGACGAAAUCUAUAGUUUUAUUCAAUGAGUAUUCUGUAGAUAAUUCCCGGUUUGUCCUACGAAACAUGUUUUUCAAAUUUUUGAUAUUCCUGUAUUUAACUUUCUUCGUUUGACGUUAAAGCGUACUCUCUUCAAGAUUGCCAUAUACUUUACGUAGAACACGAAUAUUACAACGGCAAGAAAUAGACAAUGGAGCACGUUUACGUAUAUUCCCACAUCAUUAGUGAUAAAGGGUUCAAAUGCAUAUCCGAACGAGUGUAAAAAUCAACCAUAUUUUGAUGACCUAAUGGUCACAGAAGGCUACAAUCGCCACAUAUGAUUAACAGUAAACUACUGAAGGUGGUGAUAGCGAAUCCAGUGGAUUCGUCAACGAAAGAGAUGGCGCUGAUGGUCUGCAGUCUGGAAUUACGUGGAUUUGGUAGCAUAAGCAUAUUUGUAUUUGUGCAAGUUAUUUGAAUGGCAUCUUAGAGCAAAAGAGUUCGUUAAGUCAUCUGAAAACUCAGAACAUGCAAAAGCAAAUUAGUAAUAGUUCACAAUUACGACGAGACUGUAAAUACAAAUCCUAAUUCCUUUCGUCAUUCUAUAAUCCUCACUUAACACUAGUAAGUAGGUGGACAUCCCAAGGUCAUUUUAGCGUUGCUCGUCCAUGAAUUAUAGUCCCACCUCAAGAUCUGACUGUUUGCUGUUUUAAGUACAUCUUACCAGCAACAAUGAUGUCUCUGAUUGUAAUUUUUUGUAAAUUGUAAAGCGACAAGUUGUUAACUUCUCAUAUACGUGCUUGAUGUGUUAAAACAAAGAGAAAACUUCUUGAAAUAUCGGGAUGGUAUCCCGAAUAUUCCAGCAGGUCGAUUGGUGUGAACUAAGACUGAUGUUUACACCACGUCAUAUUAAUAAGGCAUGGUAGAACAGCAAUAAAUAAUCAGGAAUUCUAACAAUGUUUUAAGAUUUCAGCGUGUAUAUCUUGACACAAUGAUAAAAAAGUUGAAAGAUGUGAUUUAUUGAUUUACAGAAUUUAUCAAGUGAGUAAAGAACUAACUUCUUGAGUUUAUUAAACAUCUAUUUGCAAUAUUUGUUGAUGCGUGAACUUAUUGAGUUACUGAUUCGUCGCCCAACUGAUGGGUUUAUUCCAACGUUGUUUAUUUUUUGCAGGCUUCUGAUUCUGUCACUCACCAAUUUGUUAACGUUUGCGGUCUAUUCAUUUGUAGAUCUUUCGAUUCGUCUAGUUUAUGAAUAUUGUGGAUUGCUGAUUAUUUUGAUUUAUCGGCUUAUUGGUUUACCUGAAUUAUUAAUUGCUUGAUUUAUGGAUUAAGUGGGUUUUCGAUGUUUUGAUCUAUCGGUGUGCCGUUUAUUUUUAAUUUUUGUUUGUCAAUUUGUUGAUUUUCUCCACUCUUUGGUGAGCUAUUGCGAUUUGUUCGCCUGUUGGUUAGUUCUACUUUGUUUCAUCACUCAGUUGCUUUUGUUAAAUAUUUUUCAUUAAUGAAUGUUGUUAACUCCGUUACCACACUCUGUAAUUACUCGCUUCUCAUUCAACUAGUUUUGUUUGUGUAUUGCCUUAUAAUACCUGUUAAUGUUUAGUAGGCAGUUCUGUUUCUAAUAGUUUUUAAACGUACGAUGUAUUGCAAGUUUAUUUCUUAUGUAUUUACACAAACUAGUAACAUUUACUGUUUUUAUUAUCAUAAUUACUUUCCCUCAACUCUUGUAAAAAUUAAUCCCAUUUUUGCAAAUUGAUUAUAUGAACAUAACAGUUCACAUUUUUGUGUACUUUUGGUUCUCAUCUCAGUUGUUGGUAAAUUGUUGCGGUAAAUUUAUACGGCAUAAGUCGGAAGAUACCUUCGAUCUAAAAUGACCUCUCUCUAGUUGACACAGAUUUGACAGGCAUUUUGCAUUUGAAAAGUACAGAGUAGACCACCAGACUGUGUGCUCCCUUGAUUCUCUAGUUUACUUGCAUGUGUACUAACUAAUUAAUUUAUAGAACAUUCAUAUUGACGGAUCAUUCCAACAAUUAUCAGUGUUUAAUUUUCCGUAGCUAAAUAUUUUUUACCUGUGGCUAAUUGUAAUACUCAUAGAUUAAAUAGUACAAAUACGAGACCUGUUGACAUGAACGUUCUUUUCUGGCAGCGACUGUAUGAUGACUAAAUGCAUUUGAAUUGUAGUAAAAACUGGAGAUCCCAGAAAUAACGCAUUUUAACCAAAGAGAACUAGAUGAGCACGAACGAGCGUAUUGUAUCUGGAGUUCGAAAUCAAGCAGUCAUCAAGUACAACGGAAUCAUUGGUUCAUACAAGCACCAGAGAUUGGUCGAUCAAAGAUUUUUCAGUUUUAGAUGAGCUCGAACGUGGCCAUAACGAUUUACGACGAGUAAGUGAAACAGGAAUCUGAAAAUGCAUAUAGCAUAUCCACAUUAAAUUCAUUAACGAAGUAAGGGAAAUCUUAGUGAACGUUGGAAGCAUUUAUAUGUUAUUUCUCAAUGCAUUUUUAGUGUUAGAAGACCCUCAAAAUUCCGGUCUCAUCAAAAAACCAUAAGAAUGUGUAAUUUCCUUUUGACAUUGUGCAACAAAGUAUAUUAUUUUUGACACUGUAGUGAUCUACUUUUAUGAAGAGAACACGAUCGGUGCAAUGGAAACAUUCUUAUUUUUUUGUUUAAUUGUACCAAAACACACUUUUCCGUUGUUUUAUGACCUUGAACUCUCACGUACGCGUAGUAGUCUCGCUUGCAGAUUUUGGCACGAUCUCGUUAUUAUUCCGAUACCACGAGAUAACCAAAAAUACAUCCUAACUACAACCUACAACUGCCUUCUAAUAUUUGUCCUACGGAUUUGUUUAACUGGGUAAUUGGCACGUAAUCGAUCUGUAGUGGUGAUCUUAGUCAACUGCGAUUCGACCCCAACUACACGUCUAUGCUUCCAGUUGCUUUACGUAGCCUAUUCUAUGCAGUCCCUCAAAAGUGUGGACAAACAUACAUUUACGGCAAGAUUUAUGAAAUGUGAUCUAUUACUUGGAAGGAAAACGUCGGUCCACCACCAUAAUAUACUUAGGCUUUGUAUAAUGUGGCUGAUUGUGUGAAAAAUAAUCAUUAGUGACACCAACAAUGCAGAGUCUAGGACUUCUGACAGUAGAUGUAUAACUAAACUUUAGUGAGCUGGCAAUCCUCAAAAUGACAUGCUUAUUACGUCAAAUUAAGUGAACUUGGUUCAGAGGAUGGAAUGCUCAACUGACGUUUUUGCCAAGAAACUGGACUGUAUGAGAAGUGUACUGAAGUCCUGUAUGUCAACUCGACGUACAAUACGAAUAAGAAAAGGUAAGAAGUUACUCAAUAUAUGUUACUACAGAUUUUCUUCGUUCCUGUUAGUGAGGAUUGAUUGUUGUGGAAGAGGUCGUCCUGUGUUGUUUGCCUGGAAGAAGAAAGAAUUGACGGUUGAUGUCGACAUCUGAUUUCAGAUGUCCACUGGAAUUAUGCCAAAUACCACCCAUACACAUAAUCUCGUUACGUACUGUGCUAAAGCAGAAACAUAAAUACGAUAUAUCACCUCAGUACAUAUAAGUUAAAAUAGAACAGCCCUAGGUUUAAGAACAUAUUCUGGUAACAACUAUUGUAAACAUAAGACUAGUGAUCCAUGCGCUCAAAUAUUACUACAGUUGUAUGGAAACACUAUAUUUUAAUAUUGAAUGGCAAAGUUCUCGUCUUCAGUCGUCUUGAUCUUUAUAAUGCAGGUGUGUGAUGCAACGCUUUUCGUGUUCAAGUGUGUAAUUGUGACACUCCGGUUUAGAAUGCAGUCACUCCUUUAUUCGGUUACCUUAUAUGGUAUGCUGUCGAUAUAUCAAAGAAUCCUACAUCCUCUCAGUCUUAAUAAUUCUGUUCAAGGUACAACUUGUUUACAUACCUCUUAAAAUGAGAUUUGAUGGGUAACUGGGGUGCUGACAUCAUUAAUGUGGUUUAUACCUCCCAGAAUUUUUAAAUUCUGAAACCACCUUCAAACUUCGGCGUAACUUUAGCAACACAUUGGGAUUAGGUGGUCACAUCGUGACGAAGCUGCAAUCUUGGGAUUAAGUCUAUUGUUCUAGAAGCCAAGUUAAAUGUACUUUUAUCGAACUAGACUAUUAUCCCCCAGUUUCAUCUUUUGCUGUAUGUUACGUCUGUCUGCAAUUAACAAAACCAGUAGAUCAAUGCUUGCAACCUAUACUCGAUUACGAAUAACGUAUUUUUGUCACUGUUAAUGAAAUACUAAGUGUAACGCAAUCAUAAACGAGAUAAUAAAAAGUCUAACAUAAUUAGGGUGUCUGUUUGACGAAAUUCCAGUCAUCAUGUUGCGUGAUACGUGAAGAACUGUGUUUGUCAAAUAUUACUUUGCCGGUCUUAACUUUGUAAAACACGUACGUAAAAUAGGUCAAAUAUUAAACUAUGAUUCUCAUCUUGUCAUAUCAAAAGGUUAGUCGUAAAUGUCUUUUAUGUACAUCAAAACAUACCCAUUUCCCUAUCUUUUCGAUGAAUCCAAACAUGUAAAAAAUACUACAGAGGUUACUAUCACUAUCUAAGUUUUUUUGUAUUUAACAACGUGUAAACUUUUAAAAUUAUAGACAGCCGUUUUAUUUACAAGUACACAGCUUAGAAAAAUUCAAGCAGCCAAAUUUUAUCCUGAAUAUCUAAUAAUAGACAGAUUCGCCAUGUUGAGUAUCAACGCUAGUAAACUGUUGAAAAUGUUCCUUGUAAAUGUACGUAGACUGUUAACAAUUCUGUCGCGAUAGAGGGUGGAUAUCUCUUAUUGUCUUUUAGAAAAAUUUUGGUCAGUAGGCUUGUGUUUCGAUGCAUUACAUAAUCCUGGCUUAAUACUUUUCCACAGGGAGUAAGAAAUCUACAGGACAUACAAGAUAUAAAGAUGUAAAUGACUGCCAGAUAAUAAAUCUAACACCAGUCACAAAUAAAUCUAUUACGUUUUUCAAAAGUUUUGCACUAAUUUUAUAGCAAUGUUCUUUUAUGGACUAAAUACAUCUAUAACAAUGUGUGUAAGCCCCUAUAAUUUAGAUAGACAUAAGCUUUGUUUGAUCAUGUAGAAUGUAAAAAUGAUUAAGGGUAGGUAAUCAUAUAAACCACAAAUACCAACUUACUUACGCUACUUGUUUGUCGCGCAGGAGCAUAGACCAUACACCAGCUUCCCACAUUCAAUUCUCUCCUGAACAAUCCUGUCCAGUUCUUCCCACUUGCUAUUCAUCCUUUGAUGUCUGCUCCUGAUUCUCAGCAAAAUGUGUUCUUUGGACUUCCUCAUUACCGUUCCCCUUCAUGACAAAGUUUCCAUAAUGUUUUGUUGUCCAUAUUGUCAAACCCCUUCCCAUGGUCGAGGAUGUUCACGUGUAGUAACGAGUUCCAUUCAAUUGAUUGUUUAAUAAUGAUCCGUUUUGUCGCGACCUUCCCUUAAGGGAUCCGGCCUGUCGAUCUCGAAGUUAAGCGAUUAUAGAAGUUUCAAAUGGAUUGUAGCGGUAAAUAAAUCCCCAAAAUAAGUGGCUCUGUAAGUUUUCGACAUUGGGUGCUGAGCACAUUAUUUUUAAUGGACUCACCUAGCUGAAGGCACUCGGUCAUGUUUCCGCACCAGAUCACGAGCGGGAACGCCGUGCUCAACAUCCCCUACAAUCGCUCACCAGAUUAGAUCAGAUGAUCCUCGAUAUAUUGAUUGUAAGAUCCAUUUUGAAUGUUUUGUGUGUGAAAAUUCCUCCAUGUAUACACUUGCAGUUUGUUCCUGUUGAUUCCUUUGGUUGUACAUUUUGUCAGUCUUCUUGAUUCCAUUUGAGCUGGUAAUAAUUGUAUUUUAUUAUAGUUUUUAUUUUUGUUACACCUUCACUAAAUUUCCAUGUUUCUUCCCGAACUGCACUUGUGUUGUUUUACUUUAUACUUAGUCUUGGCGGCAGCCAUAUUGGUUUGUCCCUCCUUUUGAUUGCGUUGCUCACAUUGACUGGAAUUGUGAACUGAGGCACUUUUCCAGAAUUGGGAGCAUUCUGUGUUAUAGAGUAACCAAAUAUUAUCUUUUGAACGAAUCUGUGCGCAGUCUAUCCAGAAAGGAUAGAAUAGCAUUUACUGGUUGUGAUUGGUAGUUUCUUGCAUCCUAUGUCAACUUCCUUAUUUAUUGUAAUUUAGAUUUGAUUAAUUAAACAAUCAUUGGUUGGAUAGCUGAAUGGUCAUAUUUGUUUAGAUAACAAUGUACAUUUAAAUUUAUGAUGAAUUAUAGAAACGUCAUUUUACCCAAUUAUUUUGUCUUUUGAUUUCACUUGGUGGCUACGCUUCGUAAUAGAAAAUGUUACUGGUUAAAGCUGAUGAUGUCACAGGUAUUCAGUGUUUGACAACGCUUUUACCAGUAACACCUAAUUUAUUUUGUUCCCACCCAGAGAAAUCAAAAGACAGAGUCGAGGAGAUCGGAAGAGUAUAUUUGGCGAUAACCAAUAUAUCGGAAUUCUCUGAUCUAAUCUGGCUAGCGAUUGCGGUAGAUGUUGAGAACGGCGUUACCACACGUGAUCUGGUGCGGAUGCAUGACCGAGCGCCUUCAGCUUGAUGAGUCCACUAGAACAUAUGGUCAGCAUCCAAUGUCGAAAACUUACAGG